AUGGAGUUGCAACACCUGCUGGUGCUUUGCUGCUACGGUGGUCAACCAUUUGUUGAUUUUCAUCUCACACCAGCUCAUUCAUCCACUCAACAGAUUGAUCCAACCGAUUGGCAAGCUAGUGAUAUUGCUGGUUAUGAACUCAUAUAUCCCCUUCAUGUUGACCGAAAAACUCCAAAAAAGCGGCGGCCCCAUGUUACAAUCGAAGCCGAAAAAGCUCAUAUUGCUGGUCAAAUAAAGGCUGUUAACAAUGGAACUCUCUCGUUGUUGUCGAGCGUAGAUUGA